ACAGUAGAGUGAGUAGAGUCAGGUAGAGUACAGAGUUGUUACGUUGGAGAAAUCGAGAGCGUUGGCUGGCAUUGGGUUGGCUUGGGCGUUUACCAACAACAUUAACAACACAGCGUCGUUGCAAACGCAAAGCCGAGAGACAAGAGGUUGCCGGAGAUGAGCUGGCAACAGUCGUCGGGCCGGUCGUCGGUGAGCGAUACCUAGAGGCCGGAUGGUUCGCAGCAGCGCGAGCAGCGAGGAAGCCAGACGGACGGAGCAUGAGACCGCGGUAAGAGGCUGACCCGGUGAAGAAGCAGCAGCAGCAGCGAGGAAAGCGAGCGAGGACGAGCGGCGAAGGUGCCAGGGACGAAGCUAGAGCGAGAGCGAGAGUCCGAGCGGCCAUGGCGCGCUCGCUGAACCCGUCGCAGCAGAAGCUCGCGGAGAAGCUGAUCAUCCUGAACGACCGGGGGAUCGGCAUGCUGACGCGCAUCUACAACAUCAAGAAGGCCUGCGGCGACGCCAAGUCGAAGCCGGGCUUCCUCUCGGACAAGAGCCUGGAGUCGUCGAUCAAGAGCAUCGUGCGCAAGUUCCCGAACGUGGACGUGAAGGGGCUCCAGACGAUCACGAGCCUGCGCAACGAGAUCAUCAAGUCGCUCUCGCUGUACUACUACACGUUCGUGGACCUGCUGGACUUCAAAGACAACGUGUGCGAGCUGCUGAGCAGCGUGGACGCGUGCGCGCUGCACCUGGACAUCGGCGUGAACUUCGAGCUGACGCGCGGCUACCUGGACCUGGUGGCGAGCUACGCGAGCCUGAUGAUCCUGCUGUCGCGCGUGGAGGACCGCAAGGCCGUGCUAGGCCUGUUCAACGCGGCGCACGAGCUGGUGCACAGCCAGUCGGACCCCAGCUUCCCGCGGCUCGGCCAGAUGAUCGUCGAGUACGACGCGCCCCUGCGCAAGCUCGCCGAGGAGUUCGUGCCGCACGCCAAGGUGCUGCGCGGCGCGCUGUGCUCGCUGUGGGCCGUCUACCCGGCGCGCAACGCCUCGGCGGACGCCUGGCGCGCCGAGCAGCGGCUCAGCCUGGUGGGCAGCCCGGGCCAGCUGCUGAAGGCCGCCGCGACCGAGAGCAUGUCCUGCGAGACGCUGAGCCUGGAGCGGCUGGAGCGCUGGCUGAUCCUGGGCUUCGCGCUGUGCCACGGUGCCCUCGGCCAGGAGCAGCCGGCCAAGCUCUGGCAGAGCGCCCUCGAGAGCGGCUGGGUGCUGGCGCUCUUCCGCGACGAGGUCAUCUACAUCCACCAGUACGUGCAGUCCUUCUUCGAGGGCAUCAAGGGCUACGGCAAGCGCGUGAGCGAGGUGAAGGAGUGCCACAGCCAGGCGCUGCUCAAGGCCGGCUACCGACACCGCGAGCGCCGCAAGUUCCUGCGCACGGCGCUCAAGGAGCUGGGCCUGAUCCUCACCGACCAGCCGGGCCUGCUGGGCCCGAAGGCGCUGCUCGUGCUCAUGGGCCUGUCGCACGCGCGCGACGAGGUGCUCUGGCUGCUGCGCCACGGCGACAACCCGCCCGCCCAGGGCAAGGCCAAGACGCGCCGCGGCGAGGAGCUGGUCGACCGCCAGCUGCCCGAGCUGCUCUUCCACUGCGAGGAGCUGCGCGCGCUCGUGCGCAAGUACUCGCAGGUGCUGCAGCGCUACUACGUGCAGUUUCUCGCGGGCUUCGACGCGCCGGCCAUGCACCAGAUGGUGCAGAACCUGGCCGUGUGCCCGGAGGAGGAGGGCGCCGUGCUCAGCGACAUGUGCGCGAGCAUCGCCGGCCUCACGGUCAAGCAGGUCGAGGACAACGAGCUGUUCGACUUCCGGGCGUUCCGGCUGGACUGGUACCGGCUGCAGGCCUACCUCUCGGUCGGGCGCAGCGCCAUGAAGCUGGCCGACCACCGCGAGCUCGCCGCCUUCAUGGACGCGACGGUCUUCCACACGCGCAUGGUCGACAGCCUGGACGACGUGCUGGUGGACGUCUCGGACCUCUCGGUCUUCUGCUUCUACAGCAAGAUCUUCGAGGACCAGUUUCACAUGUGCCUCGAGUUCCCCGCGCAGAACCGCUACAUCGUGGCCUUCCCGCUGAUCUGCGGCCACUUCCAGAGCUGCACGCACGAGCUCUGCCCCGAGGAGCGCCACCACAUACGCGAGCGCAGCCUCUCGGUGGUCAACAUGUUCCUCGACGAGAUGGCCAAGGAGGCCAAGAACAUCAUCACCACCAUCUGCGACAAGCAGUGCUCGAUGAGCGACAAGCUGCUGCCGAAGCACUGCGCGCAGCUCAUCUCCCAGCUGGUCAACCGCAAGAAGAAGGACAAGCAGGCGAAGAAGGGCGCUGCGGGCGCGGCCGCGGCGGCCGAGCUGCGCCGCCCGGGUGCCGAGAGCUACCGCAAGACCCGCGAGGAGCUCACCACCAUGGACAAGCUGCACAUGGCCCUCACCGAGCUCUGCUACGCCAUCAACUACUGUCCCACCAUCAACGUCUGGGAGUACACGUUCGCGCCGCGCGAGUACUUGCACCAGCACCUGGAAACGCGCUUCGCGCGCGCCCUCGUCGGCAUGGUCAUGUACGACGCGGACAGCAAUGUAAUCGCCAAGCCCUCGGAGCUGCUGGUCUCGGUGCGCGCCUACAUGAAUGUGUUGCAGACCGUGGAGAACUACGUGCACAUCGACAUCACGCGCGUCUUCAACACCGCGCUGCUGCAGCAGACCCAGGCGCUCGACAGCCAUGGCGAGAAGACCAUCGCCGCGCUCUACACCCAGUGGUACUCGGAGGUGCUGCUGCGCCGCGUCAGCGCCGGCAACAUCUGCUACUCGGCCAACCAGCGUAGCUUCGUCUCGCUCUCCGUCGAGUCGGCCAUCCCCUUCAACGCCGAGGAGUUCAGCGACCUGAACGAGUUGCGCGCCCUCGCCGAGCUCAUCGGCCCCUACGGCAUGAAGCUGCUCAACGAAACUCUCAUGUGGCACAUCGCCAGCCAGGUGCAGGAGCUCAAGAAGCUCGUGGCCAGCAACAAGGACGUGCUCGUCUCGCUGCGCACCAAUUUCGACAAGCCCGAGGUGAUGAAGGAGCAGUUCAAGCGGCUGCAGUACGUGGACAACGUGCUGCAGCGCGUCACCAUCAUCGGCGUCAUCCUCAGCUUCCGCCAACUGGCCCAGCAGGCGCUCGUGGACGCGCUCGAGGAGCGCAUCCCCUUCCUGCUCAGCUCCAUCCUGGACCUGCGCCACCAGCUGCCCGGCGGCGGUCCAACGAGCGGCGGCGAAACCGCGCGCGUCGUCUCCGAGAUGAGCUCCGCCGCGGGCCUCGGCUGUCGCGUCGAUCCCGCGCUCACCGCCGCACUGCGCAGCCAGAAGCCCGAGCUCGCCGACGACGACGAGCACAUGCUCGUCUGCCUGCUCAUGGUCUUCGUUGCCGUAUCUAUCCCCAAGCUGGCGCGCAACGACAAUUCCUUCUACCGCGCCUCCCUCGAGGGCCAUUCCAACAACAUCCACUGCAUGGCCACGGCCAUCAACAACGUCUUCGGCGCGCUCUUCACUAUCUGCGGCCAGAGCGACAUCGAGGACCGCAUGAAGGAGUUUCUCGCGCUCGCCUCCUCCAGCCUGCUACGCCUCGGCCAGGAGGCCGAUAAGGAGACCACUCGCAAUCGUGACUCCGUCUAUCUCCUCCUCGACCAGAUUGUCCAGGAGUCGCCCUUUCUCACCAUGGACCUUCUCGAGAGCUGCUUCCCCUAUGCCCUCAUCCGCAACGCCUACCACGACGUCUACAAGCUCGAGCACGCUCAGGCUUAAGCGCCUCGUUU